AGCCUGGAGAAAUGAAUUCUCACUAAAAUAGAAAGCGAUUCAUGGUGUGGAUGGAGUGAGGAGGGAUUAGUGAAUAUCCCCUGCCUACUUCAGUUUCACGUCAUACUUUAUCUACCAGAUAACUUCCUGGAACAAUGAGCAAACAAGUGACCCUGGCCACUUGUAUUGCCAGGAUGUAUGAAGGAGGCAAACUGGACAAUGCAGGGGCCUCAGGAGCAGGAUCUCUGGUCAAGAAACCCGCCAACACCUUGCUGAACAGCCUGAGUGGCUUGGAGGUGAAGCUGAAUCUCCUCGAUGCAAGAGUUGACCAAAUAGCCAGAAACCAGGAAGAGGUCCUGAAGAAGUUAGACUUAGUCUGCCAGGGUCUGGGAAGCCUGGAGAGAGAUGUGUCCACUUUGAAACAGGAAAGGGACUCCUCCGACACUGUUGGAGGACACAGAGGUGACGACCUGGCCUCAUUUUCAGAGAUCAAAGCCUUGUAUAGUGAAACGGUGGAAAUACUACAGACCCUGCAGCAGGAAGGUAUAAGGCAACGGGAAAAGCUUGCGGGCAUUGAGAGCUCUGUCUCCACCAUGGACAAAGUCCUGGGAUACAUAGGCAAUAUCUUCCAGAACUCUAAGAUAGUGAAGUAUAUCCUCCAAGGCAUUGUGCCCUGGAGGAAAGGGAGCCUUCUAGAGAGUGAAGACAAUGAGAUAAAGGACAAUUCGGAAGACAAAAUUGUGAAACCAAAGGUGAACAUUUGCAAUCAAGGAACCCAGGUUGAGGAUGAAUUCAAUGAAGCUGCUGAAGCCCAGGGGGAUGUAUUGUGCCCUGCAAGCUGCGAUGCUGGAAACAAAGCCCCCCGCAAACCAAAGGAGGUCACCCUCAGCAGCAGAGAACCCACCCGAACACAAACCUUUGCCAAAGAUGCCCAGGACAUUGGGGUGGGCACAGAGGACCUGGAUAGGACACUGCAGAAACAGGCCCAGGAGGGAAGCGCAUGCAUGGCUGUGCCAGUUAGGGAGGCUGAGGGUGUUGUCAUGGAAAUAAUGUUGGAGAGGGACCAGGACAUCAGUGAAGAGCAGGGGACAGAGAAAAGGGAAGAGCAUCAAGAAUCCCUCAAAAGCAUCACACUCCUCUCUGAGGAUAAGAACACCCACACCAAAGAUGUUCUGCCAGCAGUGAGCCCACAGGGCUCUGUCACCAAUGUAAUACAGGUUCACAAAGAUAGCAUGAAGCCAGCCAGUCAACCAGAACAACCACAGUCAGAAUCAGAACCAAAGUCUCCACAUGAACCAGACCAGAGCCCCAAUGAAAGAGAUCAGCCACCAGCUCUAUUCCAAAACAAGCAGGUCCAGUCAGGACCAUAUGACAUAGCACGAGCCAAAGCUAUUGAUUCUGAGGAGCAGCCUGAGCAGAAGGCUGCUGGAGACAAUGAGAAACAAGCUGGCCUUGAGGUGCCAUCAUCUGUAAGCUCAACAAACUCUACUUCAGGAACUCAGUUGAAAUCUCCAGAGAUGCAGCUGUUAGUUAUUGAUGAUUGCCCACCCAUGCCAGCCCCCUUUGAGCACCGCAUUGUGAGCGCCAAACAGGUUCCAAUAGGCUCAUAUUACGCUGUGAAGACAAAUGAAGUGUUGGGAGGGGGCCGCUUUGGCCAGGUCCACAAGUGUGCGGAGCUUUCAUCGGGAUUGACACUGGCUGCCAAGAUUAUUAAAGUGAAAGGCAUAAAGGACAGGGAUGAAGUGAAGAAUGAAAUUGGUGUCAUGAACCAAUUAAACCAUGUCAAUUUGAUCCAGCUCUACGAUGCCUUUGAGUCUCGAUCCAACCUCACCCUUAUCAUGGAGUAUGUGGAAGGCGGGGAGCUAUUUGACCGUAUCAUUGAUGAGAAUUACCAAUUGACAGAGCUGGAUGCCAUUGUGUUUACAAGACAAAUCUGUGAGGGAGUGCAGUACCUACACCAGCAAUACAUUCUCCAUUUAGACCUCAAGCCAGAAAAUAUUUUGUGUGUGAACAACACAGGAAAUCAAAUAAAGAUAAUUGACUUUGGACUGGCAAGAAAGUACAGGCCACGAGAGAAGCUAAAGGUGAACUUCGGCACCCCAGAAUUCCUGGCCCCUGAAGUCGUCAAUUAUGACUUUGUUUCAUUCCCAACAGAUAUGUGGAGUGUAGGAGUCAUCACAUACAUGCUUCUUAGUGGUCUGUCUCCCUUCCUUGGGGACAAUGACACAGAAACAAUGAAUAACAUCCUGCACUGCAACUGGGACUUUGAUGCAGAGGCAUUUGAGAGUGUGUCUGAGGAGGCCAAGGAUUUCAUUUCCAGGCUGCUCAUCCCAGAAAAAUGCAGCCGCCUAAGUGCAACUGGGUGCAUGAAGCACAGCUGGCUGAAUAAUCUUGAGGAAAAAGCCAAGAUGCGGCGAGUUCGACUUAAGUCCCAACUGCGCUUACAACGCUACCUGGCUGCUCAUCGCCAGUGGAAGAAACACUUCCUUGCUGUGGCUGCAGCAAACAGGUUGAAGAGGUUUCGCCAGAGUCACUCGGUCAAACCAGCAUAACUGGGCUGUCAGAUCAAAAAUGUGAAAUGGUACCUCAUUCAAGCCUGCCUCCCUCAUUUGUGCUGUAGAUGUGUACCUUUCACAUGCCAUUAAUGUGCUGUUACAACUUUUCAAAAAAAAAAAUCUGUUUGUCUUGUAUCCAUGUAUUAAGGUUCUGUAGAAGAAAUCACAGCACUAAU